AUGCACUACAUGUUGUACAACAUCAUCUGCAACAUUUUGAACAGCAUCAUGCACAAUAUUUUGUACAACAUGGUUUACAAUAUCAUGCACCACAUCAUCUAUAACAUCAUAAACAACAUCACGUUUAACAUCCUGAACAAAACCAUCAACAACUUCGUGAAGAACAUCAUGUACAUCAUAAACAACAUCACGUAUAACAUCCUGUACAACAUCAUGGACAACAUCCUGAACAACAUCAUGGACAACAUCGUGGACAACAUCAUGGACAACAUCCUGAACAACAUCCUGAACAACAUCAUGGACAACAUCGUGGACAACAUCAUGGACAACAUCCUAAACAACAUCAUGGACAACAUCCUGAACAACAUCAUGGACAACAUCAUGGACAACAUCCUGAAUAACAUCAUGGACAACAUCAUGGACAACAUCCUGAACAACAUCAUGGAAACAUCUUGA